AUGUAUGCGGACCAAAAGGUUCGAGAUUUAGAGUUUGGGGUGGGCGAGCAGGUGCUUCUGAAGAUCUCACCCAUGAAGGGUGUCAUGCGAUUUAGGAAGAGGGGCAAGUCAAGUUUGAGGUAUCUUGGCCCAAUCGAGAUUCUCCGUAGGGUUGGAGAUGUUGCUUAUGAGUUGGCCUUGCCACCAGGCCUGUCCGGUGUUCAUCCGGUCUUUCAUGUGUCUGUGUGGAAGAAAUACCAUUAUGAUGGUUCUUACAUUGUUCGUUGGGAUUCAGUAUUGCUCAAUGAGAAUCUAACCUACGAGAAGGAGAUGAUAGCGAUCUUGGAUAGGCAGGUUUGGAAGUUGAGGUCCAAGAAGAUUACUUCUGUGAAGGUUCAAUAG